AUGAAUCCGAGACAUUUGAUUUUGCUCGUUCUGAGCUCUUUGGGAAAUUGGGAUUUAUGCACUUCAGAUUGCAGAGCCAAUCUUGGGUUGUCCAUGCAACCGUUGUUCUUAAACACGCAAAGAGAUAAUUUUGUUUAUCCCAAACAAUCUUCAAGCGGCAGAUAUUUCGAGGAUGGACAAGAGAUCGUGUUGUUUUGUCCUGGCGAGGAUAACAAGAUUUCUGUUAACGGACAAAUUUUGGAAUCGCCGGAAUUUACGAUGCGCUGCGACCACCAGCGAUUUAUUUAUAACAGCGAAUACAUCGAUUUAAAUAAUGUCCGGUGUAAGGAUGUGAACGUUGGUGAGGUGAUGAUUACUGGAAGAACCUGCGCCAGAAGGUUCAUCGAGAUUAUCAUCGGAUACACCUACGAGGAUAGUUUCUUGAAAGCUAUAACAGUUUGCUUCGACGACGAUAGAAAGCAAGUGUUGUAUUCGCAUGUUACUGUUAAGAAGGAGAUUGUCAGCUGCCAGUACAACUAUCCAAGAUCCAGGUUUCAUAUGGAUGAAGAGUUUUAUGGCAUCGUUGAAGUGGAAUCCGCUUACGUGAGGCGCAGGGAAAUUGAGUUUGUGGAAGGUUUGCUGGGACGGAGUUUGGAGCAGUUCAGAAGGAAUUACAUGAACAGGGGUCAUCUUACUGCAAAAUGCGAUCUGGUCUACGGUUUCUUGCAAGUGCUGACCAUGCAUUACGUGAACGUUGCUCCGCAGUGGGAUUCUAUUAACGCUGGAAAUUGGGAAUCAUUGGAGCGGGAUGUCAGAGAGUAUGCAAGUGUAAAUUCCGUUGAUCUCGAGGUGUAUACCGGAACUCACGGACAAUUGAGUUACCCGGAUGACGGUGGUCGCAAAGUGGACAUUUACUUAGCACGAGGUCGCAAAGGGAUGGCUAUUCCAGCACCUCUGUAUUUCUGGAAAGUCGUUUACGAUCCUAACACUUUCAGAGGAGUAGCCUUCAUCACAGCCAACGAUUACGCCGAAUUGGAUAAGUUUUGCGCAGAUAUUUGCUAUAAGAUCGAUUGGAUUCAUUGGAGGAAGGAUGACCUUUCAUUGGGUUACAGCUUUUGCUGUGAUGUCGAUGAUUUCAGGCGCACCGUGAAGACUCUUCCCGACAUUGAAGUCUACAAUUUGAUGGAUUCCGAACGAAGUAAUUUGAACAUGACCUUUGAACGCGUUCAACUGCUGCUCGCCUGUUGCCUUUUGAUAGUCGGAGUUCAUCCAUCCAAUGCAGAGUGCGUCGGAAAUUUGGGGACGCACGAGCAGCCGAUGUUCCUGAACGCCGAUAAGGAUGGAUACGUUUACCCAUAUUUGCACAAAAUCUACGGACAGAGAUAUUUCAAGACCGGUCAGGACAUCGUCCUCUUCUGCCCGGGAGCGAAUAACACGAUAAUCUUGGAUGGAGUCACUCAGAAGUCGCAGGAAAUUUCCGUUCGAUGUGGUAACAAUACGUUCGAAUACGGGACAGGAAAUAUCAAUUUGAGGGAUGUUAGGUGUUCCGAGGUGAGCGUCGGCGAAGCGAAGUACAAUGGAAAAACCUGCGCCGGAAGAUAUAAGGAGAUUUCGAUUGGGUACAGUUACGCAGAGAACUUCAUAAGCGACAUAACGAUAUGUUUCGAUCACGUCCAGAUGAACGUGCUCUAUUCGCACGUGCGUAUCAAGAAGGAGAUCGAUGCUGGACAGUAUAAUUAUCCGAGGCCAAAGUUCCAUCUUGACAGGAAGUUCUACGGGAAGGUUAACGUCGAUAACGUGUAUUGGGGUAGCAAGCAGAAGACCUUCGUGGAGGGUUUCCUCGGGAAAGAGUUGACUUAUUUCAGGGAUAACUACAUGAAUAAAGGACACCUUACUGCGAAAACCGAUCUGAUCUACGGAUUUCAGCAGGUAUUGACGAUGCAUUACAUCAACGUGGUUCCUCGGUGGAAGAGCAUAAAUUCCGGGAAUUGGAGAACUUUGGAGCAAGACGUCAGGAGGUACGCGAGCAGCAAUGCCAUCGAUCUUGAGGUUUAUACGGGAACGCACGGUCAGAUCGAGUAUCCGAAUAGGCAAGGUGGAGAGCAAUACAUCUCUUUGGCAAGGAAUCCGGAUAGCGGGCAACUGGUGUUUCCGGCUCCGCUGUUCUCGUGGAAAGUCGUGUACGAUCCGAAAACCAGAAGAGGUGCAGCAUUCAUCACCGUCAACGAUUUUACCAAGCAGGACAAUCUGUGCCCGGACGUCUGCAGGAGAAUCAGCUGGGUUCAAUGGGAGCAGAGCAACAUGAACCUGGGUUUCAGCUACUGCUGUGACAUCGACGAGUUGAGGAAGACCAUCAAGACCAUACCCGACUUUGUAGUCGACAGUUUAUUAUCUUAGAAAGUUAGUUGAAUUAAAUAAAAUUAGCGUUUACCUUGA